UCUGUAGGCCUGUUCAUCUCUCUCAACCUUCACCUAUCAAACUCAGGAGGGGCACCUUCAACAAGGUACUGGGGAUUUUUAGCAGUACAGUAGGAUAAUAUUUUAUAUACCAAGACAAACCCCUCACAUCCAUCAUGUCCCUACUGUCCGCCUGCAGGUUUUCCCCGAAGCUCUUGCAUUCAACGAAGAGUGCAGCAUGUCUCAUCGUGUCUUCCAGAAACGCCACUACAUCAACAAACCUGAGAGAUGUGCUCUUGGAUCUCGUCCCUAAAGAACAGAGUAGGAUUAAGAACUUCAAAACGCAGUAUGGCAAGACCAACAUCGGCUCGAUCACUGUGGAUAUGAUCUACGGUGGGAUGAGAGGAAUGAAGGGCCUGGUGUAUGAAACCUCAGUGCUGGAUGCAGAUGAGGGAAUUCGUUUCCGUGGCUACAGUAUUCCGGAGUGCCAGCAACUGUUGCCCAAGGCUCCAGGACGUGCCGAGCCCCUGCCUGAAGGUCUGUUCUGGCUGCUGGUGACAGGCCAGGUGCCCACAGAGGAACAGGUGAACUGGCUGUCCAAGGAGUGGGCCAAGCGUGCAGCUCUUCCCUCCCACGUGGUCACCAUGCUGGAUAACUUCCCCACCAACCUCCACCCCAUGUCUCAGUUCAGUGCCGCCAUCACCGCUCUAAACAGCGAGAGCAGCUUCGCCCGGGCUUACUCCGAGGGAGUCAACAAAGCCAAGUACUGGGAGUUUAUCUAUGAAGACUCCAUGGAUCUUAUCGCUAAGCUGCCUUGCGUGGCGGCCAAGAUUUACCGCAAUCUUUACCGCGAGGGAAGCAGCAUCGGCGCCAUUGACUCCAGUCUGGACUGGUCCCACAACUUCACCAACAUGUUGGGCUACAGCGACGCCACGUUCACUGAGCUCAUGCGCCUGUACCUCACCAUUCACAGUGACCAUGAGGGUGGUAACGUGAGUGCCCACACCAGCCACUUGGUGGGCAGUGCCCUAUCUGACCCCUACCUCUCCUUCAGCGCAGCUAUGAACGGUCUGGCCGGACCCCUUCACGGAUUGGCUAACCAGGAGGUGCUGGUGUGGCUGACAGCACUGCAGAAGGAGAUGGGAGGAGAGGUGUCUGACGAGGCCAUGAGAGACUACAUCUGGAACACCCUCAAGUCUGGAAGGGUGGUUCCAGGCUACGGCCACGCUGUCCUGAGGAAGACAGACCCCAGGUACACCUGCCAGCAGGAGUUUGCCUUCAAGCAUUUGCCCGACGACCCCAUGUUCAAGCUGGUGCACCAACUCUACAAGAUUGUGCCCAACGUGCUGCUGGAGCAGGGCAAGGCCAAGAACCCCUGGCCCAACGUGGACGCCCACAGUGGAGUGCUUCUGCAGUACUACGGCAUGACAGAGAUGAACUACUACACGGUGCUGUUCGGCGUGUCCCGAGCCCUGGGGGUGCUGGCCCAGCUGAUUUGGAGCCGAGCCCUGGGCUUCCCCCUGGAGCGCCCCAAGUCCAUGAGCACGGACGGACUCAUGACCCUGGUGGGGGCCAACAAGUCCGGGUAAAGGUGAAGUAUCAAAGGAAGAGGGGAGGAGGGCAAAGAAGAACAAAAGGGGGGGAGGAAUAGGGGAGGGGGAUGCAAAAGAUACAGUACACUUAUGAAAAGGGCCUUUGCUGGAUUUAGUCUGUUCAUGUCAGAGACACUAAUGCCGGGCGUACACUACACGGCUUUCAAAAUCCUAAUAUCGCUGAGCCUCUCGCAUUAAACAACUGUCUUUCCUGUAGUUUAUUGUCUUGCCAACGUAGUGGUACGCACACUAAACAAUGUGUCACACACUACAAGAUUCUUCAUUUGGUCGUGAGGAUUCUCGAUACCACGCUGUCUCGCGAAAACAAUGUAAUGUGAUUAGAUUGUGUAGCUACAAUGAGCUGUGGCCCAAAGCAGCCUCAUAAACGUUUUCAGUUAGACAUUCACAAAUCAAAUCAUUUUAUUUGUCACGUGCCGAAAACAACAGGUGUAACCCUUACCACACAGAGUUGAAUUGAAUAACAUUGCUUGUGGACUUCAGAGCUAUAACGAUUUGACACUUUGGCUUUGGUUAAUGGCAAGUACAAACGCAUACUAGUAGUAGUCAUCACUCCUGCUUGAGAGUCUAUACAUUCUGGGUAAUGCGAUACAUCAUCUCACUGGCUUCUCUGGUGAGCUCUCAUUGGCUGUUGCUGAUAACAGUUCUCAAAAUGUGUCGUUGCACAUCUCACACUACAAGAGCACAGCAGAUUUUGUGCUGAUAAAAUCAAACGUUUAAAAAUAUCGGGAUGGCUCAAAGACAGGAUCGGUAGCCCUCAGAUUGCGUCUCUGGCCCGCUCACAUUAUACGAGCGUCGGUGACGGCAGUGCACCCCGACUAGGCAAUGACAUGGGGCUUUUGUCUCCGAUCUCAAACUUGUCUGGGGCCAAAAUCGUGUAGUGUACACCUGGCUUGAGGUAAUAUUUUUUUUCUUUGUGAGACUGAGCCAUGGUAGUUGUCUUAUAUAUUUAAGCUGACCGGGUUUUGUAAAGAAAUCAGAAUAUCAUGUCAAUUUUUCAGUUGUAGAAUCUGGGGCACUUGCAUUGUCUGACGGAAUUAUCCAAAAUACCGAAACAAAAGAACACUCCAUGGCAGGCAAGGUCCUUCUGUAAUAUAACCACAGUAUAUGUUUAGAAUAUGUAAAGUAUGUAAAUGACCAGGGUCUGUAGGUUCGUAAUAGGAUACUGCUGCCCCUUUCAUCAAUGAUUGACGUCACACCACUAUCAAUCAAGGCAGAGUUCACUUAUUCCACCUCUUUUUGCCAGUGCUCGCCAACCCCAUUGCACCUCUGGUAAACGGAAUACUCUGCAGGUUGCUUCUAUUGGGAAGGGAGGUUAUUGUUUUGAAAAGUGAUCAACAGGGUAAGAAGACGGCACUGUUUUACAUUUUAUUUGGAAUCUAGCCGAGCUGAAAGGGUUGAUUUUAAACAUUUUUAAAUUAUAUUGUGUAAUAUCAGAUGGGGGAUUUUUCUUGUAGACUUUUUCUUCAAGACCUGAGGGCAACGUUAAAACAACAUAAAUUGAACUCAAUCAAUUCAAUUUCUUAUGACAAUGUAACAUUUCCCCUUUUUAUCAGAAAAAUUAAAGUAAUUCGAGAGCUGGCUAGCACUUACUAAUAGCACGCGUGACCCGUUAAUAUUGGUGUCUCAAUCGAUGUACUAUUAGAACUAUUAAAAUGUUUGUUUUAGAAAGUUUGCUGGUUUUACUACGUCCAACUGUAAUGUCUCAUGUUGCUCAUGAAGCAAGUACACAUCUGACAUGCCAUACCAACUAAUCUCAUUGUGUUCAACUGGAUUGUUGUUACGGUACAGAUUUGCUUGGUUUAGUUUUAAGGUUGCUCUCAGGCCUAGGGGGUGGGGGGGCCUUAUGUGUUUUUAAUAGUCUGUUUCAAUGCAGACCAUAUCAAUCCACUCCAAUUGGGCACAGAGGUCCCAACACCAACAGUACCCCCAUGGGUAUUCAUGUCAUUUGUUUUCAAACAGCCCCCUCACACUGUCUACCCCCUAUAGUGUCUUUUCCCAGCUGAUUCAGUCCCACAUAGUAUAUAUGUAUUUUAGGUUUUAAGUUUGUCCUGUUCCUGUAUUUGAUCCUGUUCUAACCAAACCUCAGGUUAUUCUGGUUUAAAGAUAAAUACACCUUAUGUGAGAUCAUUGUAAAGUGGAGAAAUCUGAAUUUAGUAAUCUAGCAGAGCGGGAGUGUACAGUGGAUGUGGGAGAGAAAAUGAAAAAAUAAAUAAAAUAAUUCAAAUAAAUGUUUAACAAUUA